AUGGCCCCUAUCACUGAUGAGAUCGUGUCCGGUCUGAAGGACACCAUCGGCAAGCUCGAGGCUCGCGUUGUCGAUCUCGAGAGCCGUUUGUCAGGCGACAGCAAGCCCAAGUCGGUCACAGAGCAGAUGCGCAUCAUUCUGAUGGGUCCUCCGGGUGCUGGCAAGGGAACUCAGGCCCCGAAAAUCAAGGAAAAGUACUGCGUGUGCCACCUGGCUACUGGAGACAUGCUGCGGUCACAGGUCGCGAAGAAGACCGACCUCGGCAAGGAGGCUAAGAAGAUCAUGGACCAGGGCGGCCUUGUUAGCGACGAGAUCAUGGUCAACAUGAUCAAGAGCGAGCUUGAGAACAACACCGAGUGCAAGAACGGUUUCAUUCUGGAUGGUUUCCCGCGCACAGUCGCACAGGCGGAGCGUCUGGAUGACAUGCUUGCGGCGCGUCAGCAGAAGCUUGGACACGCUGUUGAGCUGCAGAUUGACGACUCCCUGCUUGUGGCUCGUAUCACCGGCCGUUUGGUGCACCCUGCUUCCGGCCGCUCGUACCACAAGAUCUUCAACCCCCCCAAGUCCGACAUGAAGGACGACAUCACCGGCGAGCCCCUGAUCCAGCGUUCCGACGACAACGCCGAGACCCUGACCAAGCGCCUGGCCACUUAUCACGCUCAGACCGCCCCCGUGUGCGAGUACUAUAAGAAGACCGGCAUCUGGCGCGGCAUCGAUGCCAGCCAGGAGCCCGGCCAGGUCUGGAAGAGCAUCCUCGGUGUUUUCAAGGCUUAA